GUAGAGUUGGUUUAAAGCUGUUACGAGCUGUACGAGCGUUUAUUCCCCUAUAUUAUAAGAAGUAUCAAUAAUUUGAUCUCUGUCUUAAGUUAGUGUCAAAACUGGAAGGAUCAAGUUGAAGCUCACUGCUCUACACUUGUUACCUUCAAUCAAAAUAACUUCAAUUAAGAUUGAACAAUAAAAUGAUUUCAAAUCAAUACACCAUCAUGAGGUAUUGCAUUAUUUUAUUUAUUAGUUUUAUGGUGGUAUGCACGUGUGCAUUAAAAUAUGACGAUUAUGAAUUAAAAUUAUUAAAUGUGGUAUUUAGACAUGGAGAUAGAACACCAGAAGACAGUCCUUAUGAAAAAUAUCCAAAUGAUCCAUAUUUAAAUUAUAGUUUUUAUCCUAUGGGUAGAGGACAAUUAACAAAAAUAGGUAUGCAAAGGGAAUUUAAAUUAGGUGAAUAUCUUCGAAAAAGAUACGACAAUUAUUUUGGUCCAUUGUAUAUUCCAAAAACAAUUGAAGCACGUAGUUCGGAUUACGAUAGAACAAAAGCAUCCUUACAACUAGUACUAGCAGGAUUAUUUCCAACUAAAGGUAUUGAAAUAUGGAAUCCUAGAUUAAGAUGGCAACCAAUUCCUGCUAAAUAUGUUCCAAGAGUCUAUGAUAAUCUUUUUCUUGGUGAUGAGUGUCCACGAUAUUUGGAUGAAUACAACAAAGUUUUAGAAUCUGCUGAUUUUAAGAGAGAUAUUGAACCAUAUGAAGAUCUAAUUUCUGAACUAACUAAAUAUACUGGCAAAAAUAUUAGUACUCCUUUGGACAUUUCAUAUUUAUAUCAUACUCUAAUGGCAGAGUAUUCUAUGGGUCUUCCUUUACCUGCUUGGACGAAACCAUUAUUUCCAUAUGGUAGACUUUACAAUGCUACUAUUGUUGCUUAUAAAGCAGCCAAUUAUAAUAAAUCAUUAAGAAAAAUAUACGGAGGAGCAAUGCUUAAAGAAUUUAUCAAGAAUAUCGUUGGAUAUGUAAAUGGUACUUUUGAAAAGGACAACAAAUUAUUUGUAUACAGUGGUCAUGAAACAAACAUUGCUAGUUUGUUAUACAGUUUGAAUGUAUAUAAACCACAUGCUCCUGCAUAUUCAAGUAGCAUUUUUAUGGAACUUUUGUACAAAGAUGGGAUAUAUUAUGUCAGAAUAUUAUAUUAUCUUGGAAUUCCACUUCAACUUGAAACACUUCAACUACCAGGUUGCGAAGAAGUAUGUCCGUUAGAUAAAUUCUUUCAAUUAACUAUUGACGAUAUACCUUCGGAAGAAGAUAUGGUUUGUGAUAAAACAACAACUCCAGAUUAUGCUGAUCAAAAGUAUGAUCCUAAUAGGAGUAUUGAUUUAUAUAAUUAUAUUAAAAAUUAUAAUAAUAAUAAUAAUAAGUUGUGAUUAAUCUAUGGUAUUUAAUGAUAUGCAAUCAGUGGAAUUGUCUUGAAAUUAAUUUUACGAUUUAAUAAUAAAUACGAAUUUCUGUGUUUUAUUUU